AUUUUUUAUCUAAUGGUUUAUUGAAUGAUCAUUGACCUAGCUUUAUUUUUUUAUUUCAGGGGGCACCGUUUUCAUCAAGUCCAUUGAUGCCUCCGCCCAUUGCAAGAAUGCCACCUACCUAUGUGAGCAGAUAGAGGAGGUGAUUGAAGAUGUGGGUGAGGAGAACGUGGUACAGGUGGUGACCGACAAUGCAGCAAAUUAUGUUGCUGCGGGUAGACUAUUGAUGGAGAGGCACCCAUCUAUAGUUUGGACUCCUUGUGCUGCUCAUUGCAUUGACCUCAUGUUGGAGGAUAUUGAAAAAAUCCCAUGGGUCAAGAGAUGUGUAGAAAGGGCAAGAAAUGUCUGCAAAUUUGUAUAUAAUCAUUCAUGGGUGUUGGCUCUUAUGAGACAAUACACAGAGCAGAAGGAGUUAGCUCGUCCAGGAAUCACAAGAUUUGCCACAAACUUCCUCACAUUGCAGUCCAUGCUUAGGUCUAAGUCUGCCUUGAGACGUAUGAUUGUUGGUGAGGAGUGGUCUUCCUCAUCCUAUGCUACCACCCCUGCAGGGAUAGAUAUGGCAGACUGCAUUUUUGAUGAGCAAGGCUUUUGGGUCCCUUGUGAUGAGAUAGUGAAGUUUGUUAAGCCCUUGGUGGUUUUGUUGUGAGUUGCGGAUGGAGAUAAGCCCGCAAUGGGCUAUAUAUAUGAGGGCAUGGAUAGGGCGAAGGAGACCAUCAGAUUCGUCUAUUGAGCAGAUGAGAGCAAGUAUGGUCCCAUUUGGGAGAUCAUUGAUAGGAGAUGGCAUCAUCAGCUUCAUAGGCCCAUCCAUGCGGCAGCCUAUUAUCUGAAUCUAGCAUUUCAUUUUAUCCCUUCUUUCAAGGCUGAUGUGGAGGUCCUUAAUGGGCUAUAUGCAAU